CUGGAUCUAGAAUAAGGAGACCAGGAAAUCAAACCUCCAUAUAGAAGCUGAAUGAUUCCACAGUGGUUGAGCUCCCUCUGCUUAAUCUCACCCAAUGGCUGCAGAUGGCUGUACUCAUGUUCCCUUGCGUCAGAAACCGAGGAAGAAAACUCAAGGUUUUUUCACGAUGAGUCGUCGGAGAAUAUCAUGUAAAGAUCUUGGACAUGCUGAUUGUCAAGGAUGGCUGUUCAAGAAGAAGGAGAAAGGAUCCUUUUUGGGAAACAAAUGGAAAAAGUUCUGGGUCGUACUGAAGGAGGCUUCGUUAUAUUGGUACACCAGCCAAAUGGCAGAGAAAGCUGAUGGAUUCAUCAACCUACCUGAAUUCAUUGUGGACAGAGCAACGGAGUCCAAAAAAAAGCAUGCCUUUAAGAUCAGCCAUCCACAGAUCAAGACUUUCUAUUUUGCAGCGGAAAAUGUUCAGGAAAUGAAUGUGUGGCUAAAUAAAUUAGGAUUAGCUGUUACCCACCUUGAAUCCACAGAAAAGACAGAAGAAUGCUACAGUGAGAGUGAGCAUGAAGAAACUGAAAUAGCAGUGCAGACAACACCCCCUCUGCAUUCAGCUGAACCUCCACCUCACUUGACCGUCACAUCUUCACCUUUGAAUAAAGCAUCCCAUGCUUCCUCUCCAGAAACCAGAGCAAAACCAUUAGCCAGUUCUUGCUCUUACUCAUCUAAAGGAGCCUAUCCUGAAAGGCAGUCUUGCCUCUACACUUCCAACAGUUCUACUUCCGAAGAGCCAAGACACACUAUAACCUUUGCAAUUCAGGUUCAUGUAGAUGGAGCCGCCCAUGCAGAGAGUAUGAAGAUCACAGACAGCAGCCUUGUUCAGUCGGAAAGUGGAUUUCUGAGCUCUUUGUCAAGUGAGGACACCUCUUCGUUGACCAGUAGUACAGACCUUCUCUCUCUCCCAGAUGAACCUAUUGAAACAAGGAUACUAGAAAGGGAACAGAACAAAGGCUCGGAUGAUGAAAUGGAGAAGAUGUACAAAUCCAUAGAACAAGCUAGUUUGUCUCCCAUUGGGGAUCGUCGACCUUCCACCAAAAAUGAGUUGAGAAAGUCCUUUGUCAAGCGAAGCAAAAACCCAUCCAUCAACGAGAAACUCCACAAAAUCCGAACAUUGACUAGCACAUUAAAGUGUAAGGAGCAUGACUUAGCUAUGAUUAACCAGCUGCUGGAGGAUCCAGAGCUUACAGCAAGGAAGUAUAGAAAGUGGAAGGACACCAACACCAUGUUGAUUCAAGAUCUCUAUCAGAAGCAUCGUGCACCCCAGGAAAAUUCAGAAGGGAAACCCCUGGAGCUAUGAAGCCCUCAAUUACCCCAGUUCAAAGUUCCAUUUAAGAACUAACUGCCUCUCCUUCCUUACCUUCAUCCAAUCAACUGUUGAAGCUGCUCCACGUUUGAGUUUCACUUUUCCCGGAGUAAACAUUCUCCCUUAAAAGGAAAUUUGAAACCCACUCUUCAAAGGCAAUUCAUCAUCUCUGAACACUUGUUUAAAGAUGAUGUGAAUUGGAAAUUAGAUUGGACCUCAGAAAUUGAAUCAAGUUGCAUGCAUGGGUGAAGAAGAGACAUACAAUUUACACCCAAGAAUGUUCCACUUCUCAUAUAAGUGGACUGAUUUUUUUGAUAACAGGGCCUCCAAGAAAAUGUGCAUGCUGUACCUAAUUAGUAAUCACCUUCACCAUAUCAUUUAUCAGGAGAAAUGUUUUAGAAAACAGAAACUGUAGUAGGAUAGUUUUUAUUUUUCAUAGAACCAUUUAACUUCAAGAUGACUUCAGAAAAGUAGUUUCAUUUCUACUUCUACUUGUUUGGAGCACAUUUGCAUUUUAGAGGGAGAAGCUGCUAAGAGAGAUAUACACCGGUAGUGAUGUUUAUAGUUUACCUUCUCCUAAGCUUGUCGAAGAACUAUUGACAUUUACCACACUAUUUUGGAGGCAUUUUUUUUUCUUCUUCAACAAGGCCUGAAGAAAAGUUCCUUAUGCAUUUACUCUUUUCUGCUUUUCCUUAUCAAGGACAGAGCUUAGUGAUGCAUCCAGAAAGGGGUGUUUACUGCAUACAUUUUGGACUGGUGCUUAGACAGGGUCUGAAAUUUCUUCAAAGGGCCCUAUGAUCAAUAUUGUGAAGGUGUUUUGACAUUCUACGUCCUUUCCAUUUCUUUAGGCAGAAGAACAACAACAAAAUGUUUAACUAUAAUUGCUUUUAUUUUUGUAAGAAUAGAUAUUACUUAAUAGACUAUGUGAAUAUAUAGCCAUAUAUAUGUAUAUAUGUUUGUUAUUUAAGUAUAUUUAUAGACGUUCUGACUACCACUGUUUAUAAGAUCAUAUGCUAUUCUCAAAACUGCUCCAUCUUCUUGCUCUAUUUUCUUUGUUACUGCAAAAAGCGUUGGUGGUGGUGGUGAAGAAAGUGGGGUGGGUGGGUGAAGAAAAUUGAUUGUACUGGAAACCAAUAGGGCAUUCAAGUUAUCUUGUAAAUUUAAUGAUGCUACUUAAGGAAUUGUCAGGAAUUGUGAUACAAGUGAAAUUCAAGUGCCUGAAAAUUAUGUCUUGAUUUCCUUGGCUAUUAUAUAUUCCUAUAUGUGCAUUUGUCUAUGUAUAGACAAGAAGAUAAGGAGAUAGCCUACAUAGAUACCGAGAAGCAUAAUGCAGUAUAAAAUUUCUGACCAAAUGUUAAAGACCUCAUUUUUUUAACAUUACUACAUCUUCAAAACUCACAUGUUUUGGCACCUCUGCAAGGAAGACUUGACCCCUCAUGUUGAAUUUUAUCAGACUUGUUCAAUAUCCUAGGUUUCCUUAAAUAAGAUUAUGUUCGCUAAAGAAACAAGAUGAAAAAGCCACAUUUCCACUUAUGAAUCAUGAUAAAUAUUGCUCACCAGCGGAACAACCACAAGCCACCAUGCAUCCUCUUCGGAUCUACAGAAGGCAGAUGGUUGACAUAACCCGUUUCAUUUCACGAUAGAGAAAUGUGGCCUGACAUUCAAAAUGAAAAUGAUCUCCCUCAACAGUAUCUUUGAAGAACCUGCAGAGAAGCAAAUGACACCAGUUUAAUGAUUCAUGGCACCUUGAGCAGGGAAAUAAGGACUGUGAAAAUUAUCAAAUAAAAUAAACGCUAUAUAAAAAGCCCUGGGGAAGCAAUAGAAUGGUCCCAUUUUCUGCUAACCUGAAGCACACUUGCAGAUAAAUUAUAAGAUCUCAUCCUCUGGCUUUUCCAUUUACAGGUUUUCUCCUUCAACUCCAGUUUUUGGGUAAAUAUGUAUUUCAAGGCUGAUAAUAAUGAUAAUAUUUAUUAAGCUAUGAGUGUUGGGGCACAGACAAGAUAAUUAGAUUGGACACCAUCCGUGUCCCACAGUCUGAGGAAGGGCAGAUAUCUCAGUCUUAUUUUACAGAUGAGGAAACUAAAGCCCCAAGAGGGUUACACAACUUGCUCAAUAUUACCCAGCAGGCACAGGGUGGUGCCAGAACUAGAACUGAGGUCUUCUCACUCCCAACCCUAUGAUUUGUCCACUAUGCCACUUGACUGUCCGCUAGAUCCUCACAGAAGCUACCACUCCUCAAACUACAGAAGGCCUUUCGAAUAUCUUUCAAAACUCAUCAAAUCACAAUUGCUGAGGGGAAGCUUUCACAUUAUUAACCCGUGGUGGAAAUGAUCCCAUUGACUAGCUAACUGAAAUGGAAGUCCAGUACUAAAAUGAAGCAAUCAGUAAAUCUCUCUGUGACCCUCUCCCAAUCUUCAAAUGCAAAUCCAGCUCUGACUCAGUCAAGUUUAAGCAUGGGCCUGGAAAUACCCAGCUGACCCAACCCCCUCACCCCAGUCCUGGAUUAUGUCUGAACCUGUCACUUGUAUCCACGAGAAGCAGCAUGGGUUAGUGGAUAGAGUA